AUGAGUGGUACUCUUCAUGCAAAAGUCGACUUCUUUGCGAGUGGUACUUUUGGUACUGUUAGUAAGUUUCAAAAAUUUGCAAUACUAAACUGAGCCUCAAAAAACAUUUUUAACCCUCAAGGAAAUUUUAUGAAUUAAUUUUAAUUUUUUUUUUAAUUUUUAAAACGCUUUGUCAACAAUUUUAAAAAUUUCAGCAAGCUUAAGAACAUACGAAGAUUCUACAUGCAAUAAACGGUCCGAGACGAUUGCAGUAACCUUGAGGCUUAUUGGAUCACCAAAUUAUGGUUUGUCUCUACGCCAAGCUUGUACUACAACAUCAACUUCGAAAAGUAACUGCCAAUGUUCAGCUUUGAUUGUCGAUGGCAUUGUACCGAAUUCACCGGCUGCCCAGUGAGUUUUUAUCAAUAUAUUGGUCUAAAGUUUUUUUUUAUAUUUUUUUAAAUUAGCUUGCGGUGAGCUUUUGAAAAUUAAAAAAAUGUGUUUUUUAGUUUAAGCCUAAUAAGCUUAAAACCUAAAAAAUUUUUAAAAACAUGGCAAUACCUUUAAAAAAUUGUAGUUUUUAGUAUUUUAAGCUAUUACUUACUCAAAAGUACUAUAAUCUUCAUUAUCUUUCAGUAUUGGCCUAAUUCUGCCAGGAGAUAGAGUACUAUCGAUCAAUGAUCAGCCUGCUUUUGGAAUGUCUAUUGACCAAGCCUAUUCAAUUUUGGAUGAUUCUCAUAGUCAAGUCAACAUGUUAAUCGAAUUCGAUGUUUAUGGUAGGUAUUGAGGCUUAUUUUAUUUUUUCUUCAAAAAAUGGUAAAACACUAUAUUACAGGGCGCGCCAAAAGUUCUGUUACACGGUUUUUUAAUUAAAUUUUUGACAUCUAAAUACAGACAGACGGUAGACAAUGAAGACUUAACUUUUUUUGAUUAUACAAUAAAAAACACAGAGAAUAAGCUAAAAUAAACAAUUUUAAAUAAUUUAACCGCAACGUAGAGAAAACAACCGGUAAAGUGUUGUAACAGAACUUUUGGCGCAAUUUAGAAAGAAAAGAGGUUUUGGCCAGGCGUGUAAGCUUGAACAGACGGCCCAGCUAAGACAACGGGCUUAGUGGGUUUUUUUUCAAGUGUAUAGGGCCUGGGUUUCUUAUACAGUAGUUUUUAAUUGUAGAAUACGACGACUAAACGCGCGCUUUCAUAAUUUUUAGAAACAUGCCCAUUAGUUCAAGGAACAAUCACAGUACGACUGAUCAAACAUACUAAUCAUCUUGGCCUUGAAUUUUGUACCGGAUCCAAUAAAAAAGGAGAGAAAAUCAUUGUAAAAUCAGUUCAAAAAGGCUCUUUGUCACAUCGGUAAGUCAUAUAUUUUAAGAAUGUAGGUAUACUAUAUAAUUCAUGGUAUAUUUUUUCAAUUAUUUGUAUUAUUGAAUUUUUAUAUAUAUAUUUUUAUUUAAAUUUAAUUAUUUUUUUAACUUUUUUAUUUUAGAUGCGGAGCAAUAGAGCCAGGAGACGAGUUUUUGUCUGUAGACGAUGUUCCACUUGAUAACUGCACUGUACAAGAGACAAUUCGACUGCUUCAAACUGCUAGAGAGAGUGUUAAGAUUCAUAUCAGUAAACGAAACGCAAUUAAAGAGAAAAGUCCAACGCCUAAAGCAGCUAAUUUGCACUACUUUACUUAUACGAUUGAACUACGGCCAGGCCGACGAAGUUUGGGCCUAAUAUUUGAUGAUCAACUCAAAGUGGCAAGGAUCAAAAAGGACGGGUAUUGUGCUAAGUAAGUUCUGAUUAGUACCAUACGCUACCCUACCCUAUCCUACCCUACCCUGCCCUGCCCUGCCCUGCCCUGCCCUGCCCUGCCCUGCCCUGCCCUGCCCUGCCCUGCCCUGCCCUGCCCUGCCCUACCCUACCCUACCCUACCCUACCCUACCCUACGAUACCCUACCCUACCCUAUCCUACUCUACCCUACCCUAUCCUACCCUACCCUACCCUUUCUAGAUCAAACGCAGUCAUGUUGGAGGAUCGUCUGAUCGCGAUUGACGGCUCAAACGUCUCUCAAAAUACACUGCUGGAUGUGCAAAAGACACUAGACAAAACACAUGAGUCUAUCCGUCUUACGUUCCAACGUGAACGUGAAGGAACGCCGAGUGAUGAUCUUCCAGCACGUUCGGAAAGGGCAUUAAGUCCGCCGGGUGGAAGGCUGAAUUUGGUGGAAAUUAAAAAGGUUAUCAGUGAUAUGGCUUACACUAACAAGGUUAAAGAGUAGGUUUGGUAAAUACGGCGAGGGUUUUUAAAGGUUUUAAGAAUGGAGGGGGGGGUAGAUUUUAAAAGUAGUAAAUCGAGAAGGGGUAGAUUAUGAAAGCAUUUUAGCUCAUCUUUAGGUAUUUAUGUAACUAAAAUUGUUAAAAUUUAACCUACUAUAAUAUAAAGUAAUAUGAUUUUUUAGAUUGCAAGCUUUGAAAGCCUUUGAAGAAACAGAAGAUAAACUUAUUAAUGGCAGACUACCUCAAUUAAAACGCGAACAAAACCAUGAUCAACUUCGGACUAUUCAGCAAAGGUUAAGGUAAGUUUUUGAAUUUUGAGAUCUAAAGCUAUGCUAGAACACAUCACAUAGUGUAGUAAUUUUGCGUGUAAAAGACUAUAUCAGGGUAUUAUGAGACAAAGUUUAUUGGGGAGGUAGGGUAGGGAUUUCUAUCCUCAUUUCCAUUCUAAUCUCUAUAUUGCAGCAGUGGCUCCUUCUCCUCGUCAGGCUUCGGCUCUGUCGUAUCUUCUCAACCAUCAGCUCCAGAAACUCCAUCAUUCCCUUCACCUUUCACAGCCUUAUCAGCAACCUAUAACUCAAUAUUUUCUCCAACAAAGAACGUUCUUCUCCUUCGAGACCUUGAUCAACCUGGGUUUGGCUUCAGUAUAACAGAGAAUGAGGAUCAUCAGGUUGUGGUCAACGCUGUGAAGCCAGGUGGAGUAGCUGAACAGAAUGAUGUUAAGGCUACGGAUCGUAUUCUGGAGGUGAAUAAUGUUCAGACGGCAGGGAUGAGUUGUGCUGAUCUGUUACCAUUGUUUAAUACUGACAUAUUGGAGUUGAUCUUGUUGCCGGCGGACCAGACAUUGUAA